CGGCGGCUGCGCAGUGCGCACGUCAAAGCCGGGUUCGAGCCGGAGCUGGGCGCGGGGCGCCAGGAGCCGCGCGGCCUGAGAGAGUCCGGGGCUUCAGUAGCCGCGCGAAGGCUGAGGACACCUCGGCGGCGAAGGCGGUGCCGGGCCUCAAAGCCACAGCCGCAACCGGACCGAGCGCAGCAGCGCGGCGGCCACCGCGGGAACCCCCUGGGCCACCGUCCGCCCGCGCAGCCGCCGCCGCCGCCGCCGCGGGAGCCCGUCGCCCGGAGCAGCUGCGGGCGGAGGACAACGGAGGGCCGGAGCGCCCGAGCCACGCUGCGGGGACCGAGCGAGCAGCCCGAGGCGGCGGCGGCCGAGGAAGGGGACGGCGACGACACGGAGAGGGAGCUCCCUGGCUCGGCCCAGCCCCGUCUAUAAGGCAGAGUGCAGUGGAAACCUCUGGUGCUGCCGUCAUGCCGUUCCCGUUCGGCAAGUCUCACAAAUCUCCAGCAGAUAUUGUGAAGAACUUGAAGGAGAGCAUGGCUGUUUUGGAAAAGCAGGACAUUUCUGACAAAAAAGCAGAAAAGGCUACAGAAGAAGUUUCCAAAAAUUUGGUUGCCAUGAAAGAAAUUCUGUACGGCACCAAUGAAAAAGAGCCUCAGACGGAAGCGGUAGCCCAGCUGGCUCAAGAGCUGUACAAUAGUGGACUCCUUAGCACUCUGGUGGCUGACCUACAGCUCAUUGACUUUGAGGGCAAAAAAGACGUGGCUCAAAUUUUCAACAAUAUUCUCAGAAGACAAAUUGGUACAAGAACUCCUACUGUUGAAUACAUCUGCACCCAACAGAAUAUUUUGUUCAUGUUAUUGAAAGGGUAUGAAUCUCCAGAAAUAGCUCUUAAUUGUGGAAUAAUGUUAAGAGAAUGCAUCAGACAUGAACCACUUGCAAAAAUCAUUUUGUGGUCGGAACAGUUUUAUGAUUUCUUCAGAUAUGUUGAAAUGUCAACAUUUGACAUAGCUUCAGAUGCAUUUGCCACGUUCAAGGAUUUACUCACAAGACAUAAAUUGCUCAGUGCAGAAUUUUUGGAACAGCAUUAUGAUAGAUUUUUCAGUGAAUAUGAGAAGCUACUUCAUUCAGAAAAUUAUGUGACAAAGAGACAGUCACUGAAGCUUCUUGGUGAACUGCUAUUAGAUAGACACAACUUUACAAUUAUGACGAAAUACAUCAGUAAACCUGAGAACCUCAAAUUAAUGAUGAACCUCCUCCGAGACAAGAGCCGAAACAUCCAGUUUGAGGCCUUUCACGUGUUCAAGGUGUUUGUGGCCAACCCCAACAAGACACAGCCCAUCCUAGACAUCCUCCUCAAGAACCAGACCAAACUCAUUGAGUUCCUCAGCAAGUUCCAGAACGACAGAACGGAGGAUGAGCAGUUCAACGAUGAGAAGACCUAUUUAGUCAAACAGAUCAGGGAUUUGAAGAGACCAGCUCAGCAAGAAGCCUAAUUCCAAUAAACACCUUCAGUAUCCCAUCCAACUUGAGCACUUGCUGUUAGCUACUCAGCAUCAGGCACUCUUAUCGAUUCAUGAGGAACAUUACUGCUAAUCUGCUGUUAAGUGAACGGUUUUCAUUUUACCUUUUUGUUUUUCAGUCCAGGUUGGAGAACGUAGCUGUUGCUGCUGCUUGCACAUUAGAGCGCACGUGGCCUUUCCCUUGAUCUCUGUGUCAUUUCAGAACUCACAGACUCCAUUUGCUCCAGGAGUUCUAAACAUGGCUGGGUUCAUGAAGGCAAAUGUACAAUGAAAGCGACAUCAGCUGACACCUGUACAUCGGCACUGCUCUUUGCAGAUCUCUGCAGUAUGGCAUGGGUACACCUGGCAUCCCAGAACCAGAUCAUCCACCAUCGCCAAAGGAACAUGGCGUGUACAGAGAUUUUUGGAGAUCAGAGGGGAACUGUAUCCAGUGUGAGCUUUGGGGAACAUAAAGUUGACAUGCAAAUAAAUUGAUACUGAAACUUAGCAACUUCUCAAGUGUGGAGCUUCAUAAGGUCAUAAGGAAAGUGUAUAUAUGCUUUUCACAGCUUUCUAGAACUUUUUGACAUUUGAUUUUCUUGAGACUCGUGAACCUGGAUGUGUUGAAAGGAGGUUUAAACAGUAGAGCUAGCAGCGACACCUACGUUCCAUUUCAACACUGCUUAUAGGUUCCUUUUGUAUAUAAUUCUUAGAAUGCUCAUUUCCUUUAAAUCGUUUAAUUUGUACAGCAGAGGAAUGUUAUUGUAGUAGUAUGUAACUAUUACCUGAGUUUUGCAAAAAAAAAAAAAAAAAUGCUCAUAUGUAAUUGAAUACUUGAGAUCACAUGAAAAUGCUGGUUUUACCAUGUAAGGAUCACAGCACUAAAGGAAAAAGAACCAGUAGGGCGCUGUUGUCAGGUGGAACUACAGACCUGGAACUCGGUCCACUACAUGGACUUGCAGAAUAUUGGCCUUAUUCAUUUAAAAUGAGUCCUAAGAUUGCCAUAUGUAUGAAUGAUACAGAUUAUGCUAAUAAUGCUGAUUCUUUGUGGGGUUGAGGGGCCUCUGUAGAGCACCCUUUCUUUCUUAGAGUAAGUAAUAUCCAGUACAGUAGUCAUGAAACUGAAUAAUUAAAACUUUGGCUUCUCUUAGGAAAAGAAGAGCCCUAGUCCUAGGUGUCCUCUGGGGAGACUGAUUGUUUUAAUGUCCUUUUCCUUAAUGCUGCAAAUUAUCAGUAUUUAUAAAGCAACUGAUUUUGCACCACUUUUUUGUGACUGUGACCACAGCAGAACAAUAUCUCCUAGACUCUAUCUACAUAAAGUGACUAGAAUGGUGUCUCCGUGACACACAGAUCACAACUAACAACUUAAAAUCAGAGUUUGCCCGAUCCAGUGCAGCAUGGCUGUAGCUGACUAAAUAAUUGACAUCGUUAUUCUUUGCUAGCCUCUCUUACUAACUGAUUCAUUGACCAGUAAAAGGAGCCUCCCAGCUGGGGUUUUAGCAGGUUUUAAGGUUUCCUUCAAGGAACACAAGUCAGGAAAACCACUCCAGAAGGUACAGGUGUGUUCUGUUUCAUUGAGAUGGCAGUCUACAAUGAAGCGUGUCCAAGGCUCUCUCCACCAGGGUGUGUGUGAGAGGGAGAGGAGAGGAAGAAUUCAUGUUGGUAGAAAGAGGGAAAGCAUUCAAUCUCCUGGACAAAGAAAUCCUUGGCAGGAGGCAGACUCAGCCGAGCUGACCCAGUCCUUGCCCUCCAAUGCUGUGAACUAGGAUUUAGUGUGACAGCAGUCCUUACACCAAGUGGAAGGGUGUCUCCUUGCCAGCUAGCUCUUAGAACUUCAGGCAGAAAAGAAUUUUCCACUUGGGCAAACAUGAAAUAGUGCUAGAGCCCUGGUGUGCAAGAUGAAGUGCGGUGUGUCAAAGAAAUGUGUGUUACCAAUGCAUUGGAAGCUGGAGGCAGAGAAGACUUCUGGAUUGUUUUUAAAACAAAACAAUGUGAAAACAUUCAAAAUUGAAAAGUUGAAUUUGGUGUGUGAUCAUUUACUAGGUUCCUAUUACCAAAACAAUUCUCCUGGGUAUGGUUUCUUUGGUGUUAUAAAGGGUUAAUUUUACUUAAGGCAGUUACUUAAUGUAAUUUUUUUAAAACCCUUUUAAAAAAAAGUGGGAGGUGUAUACAAUUGUUAAUGACAUGGAAGUGUUUUCUUUCUCCUGAGGAAAAGUGAAUUUCUUAUCAGAAUAUCUGGCUGGCCCUGUAAUUUAAAUUAAAAUAAAAUUUUGGAGAAAC